AAAAAUGCCCGGCCUAGGAAAAAGCCUAGAACAAGGAGGAGGUGAUGCGAAGAGAAGGGGUGCGCUUUCUCCUAUAUAAUGGGGGGAAAUGAUGUCUUAAUUAGCCAUUGAUGUACAUUACUUUAUAAGGUAGAACGAGGUUUCUCAUAUCCGUGAUAUAUCUAUACAUACUGGAGGCGGAGACCAUGUAAAUCCUGUUAUGUCAAAUACUUGGGAUGCAAGCAGAUGUAAGAGCUGAUCUUCCAGUGGUCUCCAACAUCAGCGACAACUUCAUAAAAGGAGCGUAAAAUCUCGGAGUCUUCUUUGGGAAGGAGAACUGAGAGCAGAAAUGGCUGAGGCUGUUGUUUCUACUGUGGUGCAAAAACUCGGAGACUUCCUAGUCCAACAAGCCCAAUUCUUAUAUGGAGUCCGCGGUCAAGUCCGGUGGAUAGAAGGUGAAUUGCGGUGCAUUCAAUCCUUCCUGGAGGAUGCUGACCAGAAACGGAAGGGGAACGAUCAGAGAGUGAAGAAUUGGGUGACAGAUGUCAGAGAUGUCGCUUACGAUGCUGAGGACAUCAUUGAAACAUUUGUGCUCAAGAUUGAGAGACGGAGGCGGCGGAGAGGCUUCACGGGCCAUGUCAUUAGGUACGCCUCUAUCUUCGGUGAAUUAAUAGCUUGUUACAGAAUUGGCUUAGAUCUUUCAGAGAUAAAGGCAAGGAUCCUCGACAUCUCGGGUAGGAGAGCUCGAUAUGGCAUCGACAAUAUAGGUGAAAGGGGGGGAGCAAGGAGUAGCAAUGCAGACGAGAGUGUGCAAGCACGGCGGCGGAUAUUACCGCAUCCUGAUGAUUCCCAUAUUGUAGGUUUCGAGGAUGAUAGAAAAGCAAUUGCUCGAUCCAAAAAAUACACGGCGUUGCGGAUCUCGAUAGUCGGAAUGGGUGGUCAGGGCAAGACCACACUUGCUAAGAAGGUUUACAAUGCCAGCGAAAUCAAGAGAAACUUUGAGAAAUAUGUGUGGAUAUCAGUUUCUCAGGAUUAUAAUGUGAAGGAGAUUUUGAAGAACAUCAUGAGGCAAGUUACCGGAAUUUCAAAGGAAGAACCGGAUAGGAGGGAAGAAGAUGAUCAGUUGAAAGAAAAGCUGCAUGAGUUAUUGAAAGACAAAAGAUAUUUGAUCGUAAUGGAUGAUAUAUGGAGUGCAGAAGUAUGGAAACAAGUUGUGCCAGCCUUUCCAGAUGCCAAGAAUGGAAGCAGAAUCAUUUUCACUUCACGCUUCAUAGAUGUUGCAAAAUCUGCUGAUCCAGAUACCCCACCCUAUGAGUUAAGGUUUCUAGACGAACAGGAGAGCUGGGAGCUCUUUCUUAGGAAGGUUUUUCCAAAUCAAGAUGUUCAAACGAGCUGCCCUAAAAUCUUGGAGAUGUUGGGUCGAGAACUUGUGAAAAAAUGUGGUGGUUUGCCUCUCGCGCUUGUUGUGCUUGGAAGCAUGCUAUCGAAAAAGGAAAAAAAUUCUAUUAUAUGGUCAAAUGUGAAGAGGAGGUUGAAAUGGGAGAUAGACAAAGAUGGCAAACAAUGCUUGGACAUACUGGCUUUGAGCUAUGAAGACUUACCUUAUGACCUGAAAUCAUGCUUUCUCUAUCUCGGUUGUUUCCCUGAGGACUCAGACAUCGGAGCUAGUAAAUUGAUUAGGUUAUGGACUGCAGAAGGCUUCAUUCCGGCAAGAGAGAGGGAAACCUUAGAAGAAACAGCGGCAGAUUACUUGGAAGAGUUGGUCCAGAGGUGCAUGGUUCAAGUUGUGAAAAGGAGGUCUGAUGGGGGUGUUAAGACCUUCCGUGUUCAUGAUCUCCUGCGUGAAUUGUGCAUAUUGGAAGCAAAAGAGGCUCGAUUUCUGGACGUUUAUAGCACUGAAGAUCAGACAGCCACAAGUGCUUCACGCCGUGUGGCCUUAUUCCACUGCGGUGCCGAUGUACUGGAGUCUCUUAAUUCUUCUUCUAAAUCCCUGCGCACUCUCUUAGGCUUCGAUGUGUAUAAAAGCGAUGAUCAUGUAAUGCUGAGGCUACACAAUCUGCAGUUGCUGAGAGUGAUUGAUCUGGAAGGGGCGCCACUUCGGGAGCUGCCCGAGGAAAUCAAAAGCUUAAUCCAUUUGAGAUAUUUGGGCCUGAGAUCGACCAUGGUGUCAGAGAUUCCACCAUGCAUAGGAGAUCUUUACUAUCUACAAACUCUUGAUGUAAGUUGGACUGAUGUCCAUUCUUUGCCAGAUGCAUUUUGGAAGAUUCGCUCAUUAAGGCAUGUAUUCUUUAGCCGGAAGCAUCCGAUCCCGAUCCCACGAAAGAUCUGUGCUGCAAAGAAGCUGCAGACCUUGAAGGGAGUACGCGGUGGAUUAUGGAUUGAGGAGCAACUGCCACAACUGACCAACCUUCAGAAGCUCGAGAUACAGGAAGUUUCAGAUUCAGAUGAAAUGAUGCUGUCGAAUUCAAUCAAGAAGCUGAGUUCUCUAGUUUCAUUCACGCUUAAAGGAGGUCCAAUCCCCACGGACAUCAUUCCCGCCUUAUCAGGACAUGAGCACCUUCAUGUUUUGCGUCUAUAUGGACGUUUGUCAAAGGGGCAACAAUUACCCAACAGCAAUGAAUUCCCUCAGAGCCUCACCAAUCUCCUGUUACAUGGUUCUGAGCUAGAAGUGGACCCAAUGGCAACUCUGGAGAAGCUGCCAAACCUUAGAGUUCUUAGAUUGUCGUUUGGAGCAUAUACAGGGAAAGAGAUGGUUUGCUCUGCCGGCGGCUUCAUGCAGCUGCAACAUUUGGAGCUCUACGGUCUGACGGGACUUGAAGAUUGGAGGGUGGAGAAGGGGGCGGUGCCUACUCUCAACCGCUUGGAGAUUUAUAGAUGUGAGAAACUGAAGAUGCUUCCACAAGGACUAAGAUAUGUCACUACCCUUGAGGAGAUGAUGGGGGUUAAAAUGCCGGCUGCAUUUCGUGAUAGAGUUUGGGAAAAUGAUGGCGAGGACUGGGAUGCAAUACGCCAUGUUCCCUCCAUCAUCAUAAAUUGAUAACUGACUCAGUUUCUAAUGCUGGGAUAAUUUCUUUGUGUGACUGUAUUUGGUGGCGGCCCUCUUGUUUCAGCAUCUUGAGUUUUAGUUUUUGAUUUCUUGAUUUGUUGUGAGAUAGUAUUCAUGGGAUUUUCUUGAUAGCAGCACAUGCACCCUGC